AUGGCUUUGCCCAUACUUGCUUCUCCCCCCGUUGCCUUUAUCAAAACGAUUUUCCCCAAAGACCGGUCGUUAUCUCAAGCAACAUGGAACUUCAAUUUCCCUCGUCCAAUUCAAUGCAAGGCAUCAUAUAAAGUUUCCAAUGAUCAAAAUCAAACAAUUUCUCGUCGACCUUCUAAAUACCAACCUUCAAUUUGGACCGAUGAUUAUAUCCAGUCAUUAAGUAGUGAAUAUAAGGAAGAGAUUUAUGGAGAUCAACGCAAAGUUCUAAGGGAAACAGUAAGAAUGAUGUUGUGCAAAAUAGAAAACGAGCUUGAUCAACUUGAGUUUAUUGAUGUGUUGCAGAGGAUUGGAGUGUCUUACCAUUUUAACAAUGAAAUUAGGGACAUAUUGGACAACAUUUACAACAAACAAACAUCCAAGUUGAAGAAGAACUUGCAUGCCACAGCACUCAAGUUCAGACUCUUGAGGCAACAUGGUUAUGAUAUAUCUACAGAUUGUUUUGUUUGCUUUCAAAAUGAAUUAUGUAAUUUUAAGAUAGGACAGUUUGUAGAUGUUCAUGGAAUGUUGUCAAUGUAUGAAGCUUCUUUUCAUUCGUUUGAAGAUGAAACUAUAUUGGAUGAAGCAAGAGAUUUCACCACAAAUUUUCUCAAAGGAUAUUUGAAACAAAAUAGAGGCAACCACAUAUCACUUCUAAUAAGUCAUGCUUUGGAUCUUCCAUUGAAUUGGACAAUUUCUCGACUCGAAGCUCGAUGGUUCAUUAGUAUAUACGAAAAACAGGAAAAUAAGAAUCAUGCUUUACUCCAAUUCGCUAAAUUGGAUUUCAACAUCCUUCAGAGCAAAUACCUUGAAGAACUAAAGUGUGCAUCAAGAUGGUGGAAAGGAACUGCACUCGGAGAAAAAGUGAGCUUUGCUAGGGAUAGAUUGGUUGAGAACUUUGUUUGGACUGUUGGAGCAAAUUUCAAGCCAGAUUUUGAACUUUUCAGAAUAGGUAUAACAAAGCUCAAUGCCUUAAUUACCACAAUUGAUGAUGUGUAUGAUUUGUAUGGCACCCUGGAAGAACUUGAGCUCUUCACAGAAGCUAUUGAUAGAUGGGAUUUGAAUGCCUUGGAUUCUCUCCCAUACUACAUGCAAAUAUGCUUUCAUGUGGUUUACAACUUCGUGAACGAAAUUUCUUUUGAAAGCUUGAAAAAGAAUGAGAAGUAUAUUAGUACUCCAUACCUCAAGAAAGCAUGGACAGAUCUAUGUAAAGCAUAUUUGAUUGAAGCAAAAUGGUACUAUAGUGGAUAUACUCCAACCCUUGAAGAAUACAUGGCAAAUGCAUGUAUAACGAUAGGUGCAUAUGCUCUAUUUACCCAUGGUUACUUUUUGAUGCCACAUUCAAUCAAAAGGGAAGACUUGGUUCGUUUAGGAGAAGACUCCAACAUAAUUCAUCUUACAGCAAUCAUUACACGACUUGCUAAUGACCACGGGACUUACAAACGUGAAAAUGAGACAGGUGAUAUUCCAAAGUCAAAUAAAUGCUACAUGAAUGAAUCUGGAGCUUCCGAAAUAGAGGCUCGUGAUUAUAUGAAGUCCAUGAUGUCUAUAUUAUGGAAGAAGCAGAAUAAAGAAGCUCAAAGUUCAUCUUUCUCUCAAAAUUUCAUAGAUACAAAUAUGAACGGAUUUAGAAUAUGUAUGUUCAUGUACCAGAAUGGAGAUGGGCAUAGCAUUCAUGAUCCCGAAAUUCAGAAUCGGAUAAUGUCAUUGAUUUUUGAACCGAUUCCUUUUUGAUGUAAUACUCCAUCCGUUUCUAUGCUUUCAUACUAUUCAAACUAAUCACAAGAUUAAGCUUCAAGUUACCGAGUUAAAACAAGUAAUUGUUACAUGCAUAGCUUCAUAACAUUUAGGUUGGUUCAGAGCGAUUUAAGAUUCAUUUUUAUUUAUUUUGGAGUAAUGCAUGCAAUGAUUUUGUAUAGAGUGCAA